AUGUCUGGGUUCAAAGUUGGGCUGGGACUGCGCCGGCGCACCAGCCAUCGCGAGGGUUUAGCGAUGGACAGCGUGGUGGUGGAGGGGUCUGCUCACGACACGCCACGGAAGCAGUCCUUCAAGUCCAACAUCCAGCUACCCAACGUGAAGCUCAAGAAGUUCCGGAAGUACGACACCUUCAUCUGGCUCCGUGAGCCCCACAAGGAGGGCACUGCCAUAAACCCUGACAAGCCGCUCAACAGACUCCGCUCCCUCAACUCAAUUCACCAGUGGAGUGCCCCGCCAUACAGUCACCGGUGGAGUACCCCGCCAUACAGUCACCAGUGGAGUACCCCGCCAUACAGUCACCAGUGGAGUACCCCGCCAUACAGUCACCAGUGGAGUACCCCGCCAUACAGUCACCGGUGGAGUACCCCGCCAUACAGUCAGUCACCAGUGGAGUGCCCCGCCAUACAGUCAGUCACCAGUGGAGUACCCCGCCAUACAGUCACCAGUGGAGUGCCCCGCCAUACAGUCACUAGUGGAGUACCCCGCCAUACAGUCAGUCACCAGUGGAGUACCCCGCCAUACAGUCACCAGUGGAGUACCCCGCCAUACAGUCAGUCACCAGUGGAGUGCCCCGCCAUACAGUCACCGGUGGAGUACCCCCCAUACAGUCACCGGUGGAGUACCCCGCCAUACAGUCACUGGUGGAGUACCCCGCCAUACAGUCACCAGUGGAGUACCCCGCCAUACAGUCACCGGUGGAGUACCCCGCCAUACAGUCACUGGUGGAGUACCCCGCCAUACAGUCACCGGUGGAGUACCCCGCCAUACAGUCACCGGUGGAGUACCCCCCAUACAGUCACCAGUGGAGUACCCCGCCAUACAGUCAGUCACCAGUGGAGUGCCCCGCCAUACAGUCACCAGUGGAGUACCCCGCCAUACAGUCACCGGUGGAGUACCCCGCCAUACAGUCAGUCACCAGUGGAGUGCCCCGCCAUACAGUCAGUCACCAGUGGAGUACCCCGCCAUACAGUCACCAGUGGAGUGCCCCGCCAUACAGUCACUAGUGGAGUACCCCGCCAUACAGUCAGUCACCAGUGGAGUACCCCGCCAUACAGUCACCAGUGGAGUACCCCGCCAUACAGUCAGUCACCAGUGGAGUGCCCCGCCAUACAGUCAGUCACCAGUGGAGUGCGCCGCCAUACAGUCAGUCACCAGUGGAGUGCCCCGCCAUACAGUCAGUCACCAGUGGAGUGCCCCGCCAUACAGUCACCGGUGGAGUACCCCCCAUACAGUCACCGGUGGAGUACCCCGCCAUACAGUCACCGGUGGAGUACCCCGCCAUACAGUCACCAGUGGAGUACCCCGCCAUACAGUCACCAGUGGAGUGCCCCGCCAUACAGUCACCGGUGGAGUACCCCGCCAUACAGUCACCGGUGGAGUACCCCGCCAUACAGUCACCGGUGGAGUACCCCGCCAUACAGUCACCAGUGGAGUGCCCCGCCAUACAGUCACCGGUGGAGUACCCCGCCAUACAGUCACCGGUGGAGUACCCCGCCAUACAGUCACCAGUGGAGUGCCCCGCCAUACAGUCACCAGUGGAGUGCCCCGCCAUACAGUCACCAGUGGAGUACCCCGCCAUACAGUCACCAGUGGAGUGCCCCGUCAUACAGUCACCAGUGGAGUGCCCCGCCAUACAGUCACCAGUGGAGUGCCCCGCCAUACAGUCACCAGUGGAGUGCCCCGCCAUACAGUCACCAGUGGAGUACCAGGCUUGCCACCUUUCCCCUGCCCCUACCAGUGUGUGACACCAAGAUCAAUGUACUGAAGCUGCUUCGUCAUAUGGUUUCAGUGUGAGUGACUGUGUUUGUGGUGAAACAGCAAGUACUGGUGGAAUUCUGAGCCUAGUUCCCCCCAUGCUAAUUAAUAUCAUCCAUGGUGAACACGUUUACCAGUUCAGUUCGUUGCACUCAGUCCUUUAAUGAUUACAUGAGUCCAGAGACUGAUCAGUUGUGCACCCAGCACCUCGUGUGCUACCAUGUAUGAGAAAUAUUCAAUGAGAUCAUCUAGAGUAAGUUGAUUAAUUAUAUACCAUUUAUAUCAUAGUUACAUUACUGAAGGAGAAUAAAUUUUAUUGUACAUGCAAGUUUUCCUGGGUACCUCGUAUCAGGAUCCCUCGUUUUCCAGCAUCGGCUGUGAUGCACAGUGAAAUCACAUUAACGUGAUGUAUCAAUGAGAAAAUCUGUAGGAGUCAUGAAGAGGGAUUCGAACCUGCUCACUUGGUACUCUCAAACUAGCGCCCUAGACUACCACUCCACGACAGUCAAAAAGCAAUGCAUUCUGGAAUUCCUUUGAAUCCUCUAAGAUUCCUGAGGCUUAUUACUGCUUACAUUUCAACUUUCAUUGUGCAUGUGACGAGAAGCGUUGGAGAACUACUGGACCAUUAGCCAGAGGGCAUGGGAUGCAAUGCUUAAAACCCAGAUUGGGCUUCAGUUGUAAGCCUCGGGAAUCCUAAAGGAUUCAGAGGAAUCCCAGAUUGCAAUGCCUUUUAACUAUAUUGCGGUGUGGUGGUCUAGGGCGCUAGCUUAGGAGUACUAAGUGAGCGGGUUCGAAUCCUCCUCAUGGCUUCUACUGAUUUUCUCAUCAGCGGUAAUAUUAGCCAUAGACAGCAUUGCUAAGCGUCAGUAAUGAAUCCAGUCUAUGAACAGGCGAACUAAAUAUGUUAUUCAUAUAGGCUUCUGUAUCCUUCUGUGGGACUUAGUUUUUAAUAUUUUAAAUAAUGUAACUCCCGUUUUGUUUAGAUGCAAGUAGAUAGUGUAAACAUAUUUCCUUUUACCUCAAGAUUUGAUACCCUUCCUCUUAGCAUAUGUUAACGGCCCCUUACAGAUGAUUCAUAACCAGAUUCAUCAAUACAUUUGAUACCAAACUUGCAGCUUACGAAGUCAAUCCUCCAGGUUGAUUUAGUAAGGCACGACUCAAAUCCACAAUCUAACUGUAUUGAUCAUUGUGGCUAGUGCAAGGGGGGUUGAAUGAAGUAUAAAGAGGUACAAAGCUUCUUAGGUAAGAGU